AAGUAAAUUACACAACACAUUAUUUUUCUCCUUCGUUCGUCAUAGUGCCGUUGGGCGUCGCUCGGUCAGUGAGUGCUUAUUUAGUAGUGACACAAAAAAGCAGAGUGAGCAAAACCCUAGAACUCUAUGAGAAUGUCAACAACUAGAGGUCCUGAUUGUGGAUCAAAUGAGAUUCUUGAGCCUUGGAAUUGGCAGAGAGAUGAAAAUUGUCAUCAAAUGGGUUCAAAUUUUGACAUGUGGGAUUGCCAAUGGAAUGAACUGACUUUGAAUGCAGAGGAUCUUUCCUACAUGCUUGAUGAUGUAACCACCCCUGUUAAGGAAUGUGGGGAUUUGGCUUAUUAUGCUACUUAUAGUGGCAACGUAAACAAGGAACAAAUAGAACAAAGGGAGAAUUCUUCUCGAUUAAAGAGGCGAAGGGUGCUGCAAUUUGAUGAUGAAGUAGCAAAGUCAUCAUUAUUCAGCAGCGAGAUGCCAUCUGCAUUUCUAGCACCAAAUGAGAGGGAGAACCGAAUUGAUGAGGUUUUGCCUGAAGUGUCACCUUGGGUUUCUGGGUUUGCAGCAGAUGUGCCUGACUCUAGUUUAGAGGGCCUUGAUCAAUCAUUUGAAAGAUGGCUUGCCCAAUGCCUAAAUGAUUCUGAGAUGAAUUUUAGCCCUGAUGAUAUGAACUUCUCCAUGGCAUCUGAUGGACAAAUUGAUAUCACAGAUUUCAGCAAUCCACCACCUGCAUGCGAUGCUAACGUGGUUCAGCCACAUGUACCUAGAACUCCACAAAGAAAUAUUAUUUUUAAAGGUAGAAAGUCUAUCAUAAGAGCUCCAACUAAACUAGCAUCUUCAGUUGCCUAUCCGUUUGCCUUUGUAAAACCAUGUGGUGUUCAAGGAGAUGUUACUCUGAAAGACAUAAACCAGUGGAUCCACACUCCGUCAAAAUUGAAGCAAGAUAUUGAAAAUCCUGCAGCCUACCCCACUUCAGCGUUUUCUGGGAAGCCUGUUGUCGGAAAAACUAAAAUUCGCACUGAAGGAGGAAAAGGCAGCAUCACAAUUAUGAGAACCAAAGGCUGAAUAGAAAAAGUAUAAUUUUAGAUUCACCUUUUUGUGGCCCUUUCUUGUGGCCCCGUAAUAUUCUUGGUGAGGGGUCUAUCUCUGUAUUGCUAUUUUAGGGCUGUCAAAUGUCUCCUUUAUGUGACCUUGAUUUCAGGCUAAAAUGUAAGUUUGAUGUCUAUAUUCGAGCUUCGGGUAAUUCUAAGAAUGCACACAUCCAAUUUCUGUUAA